UAUAAUCUGGGCUGCUACUUACGUGUACCUGAAGAAAGGCCAAAAGUUCAUUACACGUUAAGAAAUUUACAAGGUGUUGAUCAACUACCUUGCAUCAAACGGUCCUUCCCUUCUCAGAAAGGGGUCAAACCAAAUGCAACUCCAUGUAAACCCAACUUUACAAGUUUUAUCAAGUGGGGUUAAUUCUCUUUGCUACUCCCAGCUAACAGAAAACUGCUUAUAUACUCACAAUUUGAUCGACGACCGUGUUUCAAUUAGGGCUUAAGAAAGAUCAGCUUCAAUUCUGGAAUAAGAUAGCCAGCAGCUGCCAUGGCCUGGGUGAGAUCUUGGAGUGUUGCCUUGGUUCUUUUGUGCAUCAGUUUGAGCUAUUUGGUUAAUGCUGCUGAUGAUAAAAAUGAAAGCGUUGGAGCUUCUUUCAUCUUUGGUGAUUCUCUGGUGGAUGCUGGUAAUAACAACUAUUUACCAACCUUGUCCAAGGCCAAUAUUCCGCCAAAUGGAAUUGAUUUUAAAGCAUCCGGAGGACAACCUACUGGCCGCUAUACCAAUGGCAGAACCAUAGGUGACAUUGUAGGAGAAGAAUUGGGAGUACCAAACUAUGCAGUUCCAUAUCUUGCUCCAAAUUCUACAGGAAAAGCAAUACUUUAUGGUGUAAAUUAUGCAUCAGGAGGAGGAGGAAUUAUGAAUGCAACCGGAAGAAUAUUUGUUAAUAGGCUAGGAUUGGAUAUCCAAAUCGACUUCUUCAACAACACAAGGAAACAGUUUGAUAAAUUGUUGGGUCCAUCCAAGGCCAAAGAUUAUAUUACGAGGAGAUCCAUCUUCUCAAUUACAAUAGGAGCGAAUGAUUUUCUGAACAAUUAUCUUCUCCCUGUUCUUUCCAUAGGAGCCAGGAUUUCUGAGAGUCCUGAUGGUUUCAUUGAUGACAUGAUCAAUCACUUAAGGGACCAAUUAACAAGACUUUACCAACUAGAUGCUCGGAAGUUUGUCAUAGGAAAUGUUGGUCCGAUAGGCUGCAUUCCUUAUCAGAAAACCAUCAACCAAUUGAAUGAAAACGAAUGUGUUGAUUUGGCGAAUAAGUUAGCAUUGCAGUACAAUGGCCGAUUAAAGGAUUUGCUUACUGAACUGAAUGGAAAGCUCCCUGGUGCCAAAUUUGUUCAUGCCAAUGUGUAUGAUUUAGUGAUGGAGCUCAUCACAAAUUAUGAGAAAUACGGUUUUACAACAUCAAGCAAAGCUUGUUGUGGGAAUGGAGGACAAUUUGCAGGGAUAAUUCCAUGUGGACCAACAUCAAGUAUGUGCAAGGAUCGUGACAAGCAUGUUUUCUGGGAUCCUUACCACCCAAGUGAAGCUGCCAAUCUUAUAAUCGCUAGGCAACUUCUCGACGGAAGUACAAAAUAUGUUUCUCCAGUGAAUCUUAAACAGCUUCGUAAUCUCUAGCUGUGAUUUUCCUUCAUCUUUUGUCAUACUAUACAUAUAUUUACAAUCUAAUUUCCCUUUCAGACUUAAAAUCAAAUUUCUUGUUAAUCAAGAGAGUUGUUAUUGUUUCUAUUAUUUGCUAAUACUUCAACAACACAAGUUUCUUUUGUAGCUUUAUAAUUAUUUUA